GACCAGGGUCUCCGUAGAGCACGAACUUUGUGCCUGGCUUGUUAUUGUCGUCUCGUGAUUGGUGACCUAUAAAUUGGAGGGGGUAAUAACGCCAGACAAGUACGCGUGCUCGGCGGGACUGCGUUCCGUCUCCCGGGCGACCCUUGGGAAGUCUCACGUCAUUUAUUUCAUAAAGAAGUAACAGCAAGUGUGUGAAUGGUUGGUUGGUUUUGUAUGAGACAAACGGGUCCCUUUGCGUUGAAGUUUAAGAUGGCGGUACGAUGGCUUCUCCUGGCUCUGCUCUACUCCGUUUUGUCAAGUCUCACCGCAGGACUCGACACAGUUUACAUGAACGAACAUUGUGACAAAACAAUCCAGAAACAGUGCGGCGGUAGACUAGAGCUGACCAGCAGCCUGUACUACACAGAUAACCUCCGCUGCACGGUCGUGUUACGGGUUUCCCCUGGGCAGAAAAUCCUGCUGCAGUACCGGAGAUUCGAAGUAGAGGGAGCCGCCGACCGGUGUUACGACACGCUGGAUAUCUACGAAGGUGACGUCGCAGGCACGAACGCCACUUCGGUAAUCUCCGGUACGCGAUGCGGAUACACGAUUCCCGACGACAUCGUCACGUCGGGUAACACGGUGACGUUGAAGUUUAACAGCGACGAGGAUGGGUACGAGAGGGGCUUUGAAAUCAUCUACACGUCGUUUUCUGAGCCCCCCUGCACAGGAGACACUCUGUCCUUCCUGUGUGCUAACGUCAGCAGGUGUGUCUGUUCGUCUGUGGUUUGUGACGGAAUCGACCAUUGUGGGAGUGGGGAGGAUGAGAGCAGUGACCAACCAGCAUGUUCAGAUACAAAAGUAGGAGGCCUUAACAUUGAGGCACUGAUCGGCAUUUUGAUAGGAGUCGUCGCUGCCCUGGCCCUGGCGUCUGUCGGCGGCUGGUACUGGUACAAAAGGACUACAGAGCGCAGCCUGCUGUUUAAAGGCGUCACCAUCGAGAAACUGGAGUCUUACCCGCGAACCAACAGGUACAACAAACACCGCUGGAAACACGUCCGCCGGAAGACGUCAUACGGAAACUCCCGAUGGACCACCGGAGGGACAACGAAAAUCAGUCCGACCUCGAGUCGGAAAAUGUCGGCCAGCGAGGACGACAAAUCCUCCGGAGAUCACGAUAGACGGUCCGUGGGUUAUGAGAAUGUGGUUAUGGGAAGAAAAAAGAAACCUGGCGAGCCAAAUAUGUCCACAGUAAUAGAGAACAAAUCUGCCGACGACAGCAAAGACUCAUAAACCACACCUA